GCGCCCCGCCCUGAAAACACUGGCCACUAUGGGCCGAUACACUAGCCUACUGGCAAUGGAGGAGUGAGGAAACUUCGCCUGUCAAAAGUGCAGAGGCAACAUUACCUUUUGUACUGUGCCAAGUCCAAUGAUCAACACGGCCUUUGUAAGUGAUCGCAUAGCAAUUCGUGCACAGAGCAGUAGAGUGCACGGAGGCUGACGAUCGGGAGAGAGAACUAGUGUUGUCGUAGAAUAGAACAAGUUCUAGGUUGUUUUUGGGGGGGCGAUUGUUUCCAAUAUGUCCGGGAAUCCCACAUUUGUGAGUCCCUUCCACAGACCCCGCUGUUUGGCCGCCGCCGCGCCAGCAGGGAAAGCCAAACUCACCCACCCGGGCAAAGCCAUUCUAGCAGGUAAGGAUGAAGUCAUUCAUCUUUCCUUGUGUAGGCUACUGAUACAUUGUAUCAUAAUUUCAUACAGAGUUCAUUCUACCGCCUUGCUACAUUGUUACAUUGCAAGUCAUUGUCACUGUGACAAUGCAGGGUAUUCUACAGGGUUUUCCUGUUACUUUUGUCGAGUGGCAGUCUGUUACAUUGUAGCAAUAUAUUUAAACACAAGUGCCUGCCUAUAGUGCUUGCUAUGGGAGUGGUGAAGUGAGCUUUGUUAGUGUAGUGAGUUAUUUGAGAGUCUACUAAUCUAUUCAGACCUUUUUUCUUCAUUUAAUCAUGAACUACAUGUCAAUCAGUUGCUAGGGAGUAAGUAGCCCAUUCAUAGACGCUAACCACCUUUAGCGUCUAUUCAUGAAGGUAUCUUCGAGAGUAAGGCUGAUCACAAUAUAGAAACCCAUUUCAUGUGCUGUUCUUGACAGGGUGCUGCAAUAUGAUAAUUAUUGAAUGCAUAUGAGACUUAAGGAAUACAAUACAGUUUUUAAUUGUUUGGAAAUAAAACCUAAAAGAAGAGUCUCCCAUGUCUAAGCCUGGAUUGUCUUUAAACUGUAGUAACCCCGAAGUGUUCAGUGCACUCCUCCUCACUUCGACUAUGGUUCUGGCUGCAUCUGUUGAACUGCUACUAUCAAUAUGCCCUUUGAGCCUUUACUUCAAAGUGUGUGAGUGGUCUGUCUGUUCAAAUCAAGGACACAUGCUCUGCUCUGGCCGAAAGUUCCAGGGUGUGUAGAGUUAAUUAGAUGCAUGUUGUGGUCAAUUUCUCUGAUAAUUACUGACCCCAUGAUCCUACUGAAGCCCCCUCUCCUCAGUCCAGCAGAGCUUGGUUAACAUGGCUUAUGAAUGGAAGUUAGGCAGGCUUUCCUCUCGCAGCAAUGGGGGCUGAGUGGAGUGUGCCGAACACUAAAGUAACAGAGUUGUAGAAUCUGGCAAACAGGGUUUGAGACACAAAAAAUUUGCAAAGUUCCAAUCUAGGAAAGGAUUUGUUAGUAUUUUAUAGAACACUUGGUGCCAACACAGAUAAUGGUUGGCUGUUCUAUCCCCUUGCUCAGAGUAUACAGUAAACCUGGCUAUGGCCUUGUGUUGCACAGCUGUGUAGAGAUUUGUAGGCAUAGUAAGGCUUAUCAAGGUUUACAUGCAAAUCAAGUCAAAGUUUAUUGGUUGCGUACACAAUUUUUUGCAGGCGUUAUCGCAGGGGCAGCAAAAUACUUACGUAUGCUUAUGCAGCCUGAGGAGGAAGGUCCUUGGAUGGAAACCUUGCUGCACAUGCAUCAGAUAGAAAAAUCAAGGAACCCUUGAAUGCAGGUGCACUACUUGUUUUGUCUCUUUUAGGACAAUACAUGCUAUAGCAUAACUGAAGGCAUUCAUGGGUGAUAACUGAGGGCAUACAUUCGUGCCUAACUGCCUAUAUUGCUUCUGUAUCUUGGAUGCAGAAACAAUACUCCAAACCGCAGCUCCAUAUUACUUGUCAAAGAUGGAGAACUGAUACUAUAUACUCAUUGUUGGGGUGGGAUUGGUGUGGGGGUGUGGGGGUCUGUGUUUGGCUUUUGACCACUUCUUAGGACUCCUCAUGUCUUACUCAUUGUUAGCAAAACAUUUCGCCCAAAUCGGAUGUUAGGUACUAUAAUCAUUCACUAUUAAACUACCGUUCAAAAGUUUGGGAUCACUUAGAAAUGUCCUUGUUUUCCAUGAAAACAUACAUGAAAUAAGUUUGAAAUGGAAAUAUAGCAAAAUGUAUAGGAAAUGUAGUCAUUGACAAGGUUAGAAAUAAUGAUUUUUAAUUGAAAUUAUUGUGUCCUUCAAACUUAGCUUUUGUCAAAGAAUCCUCCAUUUGCAGCAUUGCAGACCUUUGGCAUUCUAGUUGUCAUUUUGUUGAGGUAAUCUGAAGAGAUUUCACCCCAUGCUUCCUGAAGCACCUCCCACAAGUUGGAUUGGCUUGAUGGGCACUUCUUACGUACCAUACGGUCAAGCUGCUCACACAACAGCUCAAUAGGGUUGAGAUCCGGUGACUGUACUGGCCACUCCAUUAUAGACAGAAUACCAGCUGACUGCUUCUUCCCUAAAUAGUUCUUGCAUAGUUUGGAGCUGUGCUUUGGGUCAUUGUCCUGUUGUAGGAGGAAAUUGGCUCCAAUCAAGCACCGUCCACAGGGUAUGGCAUGGCGUUGCAAAAUUGAGUGAUAGCCUUCCUUCUUCAAGAUCCCUUUUACCCUGUACAAAUCUCAGACUUUACCACCACCAAAGCACCCCCAGACCAUCACAUUGCCUCCACCAUGCUUGACAGAUGGCAUCAAGCACUCCUCCAGCAUCUUUUCAUUUGGUCUGCGUCUCACAAAUGUUCUUCUUUGUGAUCCGAACACCUCAAACUUCGAUUCGUCUGUCCAUAACACUUUUUUUCCAAUCUUCCUCUGUCCAGUGUCUGUGUUAUUUUGCCCAUCUUCAUCUUUUCUUUUUAUUGGCCAGACUGAGAUAUGGCUUUUUCUUUGCAACUCUGCCUAGAAGGUCAGCAUCCCGAAGUCGCCUCUUCACUGUUGACGUUGAGACUGGUGUUUUGCGGGUACUAUUUAAUGAAGCUGCCAGUUGAGGACCUGUGAGGUAUCUGUUUCUCAAACUAGACACUCUAAUGUAUUUGUCCUCUUGCUCAGUUGUGCCCUGGGGCCUCCCACUCCUCUUUCUAUUCUGGUUAGAGCCAGUUUACGCUGUUCUGUGAAGGGAGUAGUACACAGCGUUGUACGAGAUCUUCAGUUUCUUGGCAAUUUCUCGCAUGGAAUAGCCUUCAUUUUUCAGAACAAGAAUAGACUGACGAGUUUCAGAAGAAAGUUAUUUGUUUCUGGUCAUUUUGAGUCUGUAAUCGAACCCACAAUUGCUGAUGCUCCAGAUACUCAACUAGUCUCAAGAAGGCCAGUUUUAUUGCUUCUUUAAUCAGCACAACAGUUUUCAGCUGUGCUAACAUAAUUGCAAAAGGGUUUUCUAAUGAUCAAUUAGCCUUUUAAAAUUAUAAACUUGGAUUAGCAAACACAACGUGCCAUUGGAACACAGGACUGAUGGUUGCUGAUAACGGGCCUCUGUACGCCUAUGUAUAUAUUCCAUUAAAAAUCUGCCGUUUCCAGCUACAAUAGCCAUUUACAACAUUAACAAUGUCUACACUGUAUUUCUGAUCAAUUUGAUGUUAUUUUAAUGGACCAAAAAAUUGAUUUUCUUUCGAAAACAAGGACAUUUCUAAGUGACCCCAAACUUUUUAACAGUAGUGUAUAUGAAUCCUAUAAAUUAAAAUUGCCAAUUUGGGUGCAAUCAAUUAGCUUAAUUUUUCAGAGAUCAAAUUAUAUUUCAACAAAAUAAUGUUUCCAGAAUGCAUAUCUUAUCUGUUUCUGACUACAGAAAUGAUUUCAGAACAAGUGAACACUGACCCUUUCCAAUGCCUUGAUAGACUGGAAAUAUCACUCUCUACUUUAGGUGAUAGAAAUAAUUUGUCUGUCUCAGUUCUCUGGCACAUUUUUCAGGCCUGUUUUUUUUUUAGGUCUGUCUAUCAGAGUCAGUCAACUACUAUGCUUUCACCUGGAGUGAAACGUGAGCUAUAGGGGCCCACUCAUUUUAACACAGGAUAGAUGAGAGCAAUAUGAUGGAAGUCUUCCAGGAAGUGCUUUCACAGUCAAACCGAAUGAAGGAAAGUAAAUGAAAGGAAGCCAUCUUUACACUACCAGUGAUAUUCACCCAAUAAUGUGAGUGCUUGACAGGGGGCUGGGGUCUGCAGUGCAGUACAGUGCUGUGUUCCUAAAUCCAUGAGCCAUGAUGACACAGCAUAAACUCCACACACUUCUGCAGUUCAGAGAGCACACACAGCACACGUGCAGUUGGAUUACAACAUCCUUUCACCAGACCACCUCAGACCAGGGCCAGGGGCGCAUGCUGAAGGUAGGGCUGUCCUGCGAUUUUCUACUUUUUUAUUUUUAGUGCACUUUUUGCACUUGAUUACCCCCAAAGAAUGCAAAGCACUCUGAGACCCAGUAAAAAGUGCCAUUAAUAUAAAUCAAUUAAUUGGGAAUGUUGUUGAUCAUAACUAUGGCACUUAACACCCUCAUCUACCCAGAUGACGUUAUUUCUGGCUAUGCAGUAUUUUGGCUUGCUCCUUAUCUUUAACUCCGGGCCCUUCUUUCUCAACAUAGAGCAUUGUAGGUCAGUUCUAAAAUCAACUCUCAUUGAAGGUUCAUUGUUGCACAAUCAAUUAUUUGAGCGUGUUUUGCUUGCUCGGAUGUUUCCCUCCCACCAGAGACCGGUCAGCAAAGCCGUCUAACUAUCAGCCAAGAGAUGAUUACAAUCUCAGUAGUCAGACCUGACAAACUGGUUGUCUUUCUCAUAUCCUGUUUUGAGGAAACGGUUAGACACGUCUAAUUAUAAAUAUCUAACUUUAUGACGGAAGGUGCUGGGCACUGGGUAGAAUUUCUAGCCUACUGUGUAAUAACAAGAUAAUGAGCCUGUGUGUGUUUGUGGAGAUUGAAGUGUUGCAUGUCCAUUCCUGUGUGGGACUGACUGCCCUGCAUGUCUGUGUGUUGAGGUGAAAUGCAUGCUGGAGCCCAGAGCCUCAACAAAUGUCUCUUUCAGAAGCAGCAGCAUGUGGUUGAGGUUUAGGUUCAACCAGGACGUUUCCCCCACACACACACACAGGUCUAGGGUCAGCUUUCCCCACUCCAAAUCUAACAGAUUUUUCCAUGGUGAGUGUUUAGCCUAGUUACAGCUGGUUAGAGAUCAGUGGUUGAGAAUGCUAAAUUAUCACAUAACUUUUAGUUUGCUACCAGCAACAAACUCUAUACGUCUGUGAUGACUCUGUGUCAGUUUGUGUAGCUCUAUCUCUGUGAGAGUGUGGUCGCGGUCCCCUGCUCAGACGUUGCAUGCAUCAAAUCAAAUUGUAUUGGUCGCGUACACAUAUUUAGCAGAUUUUUAUCGCGUCUGUAGCUAAAUGCUAAUGUUCCUAGCCCCAACAGUGCAGUAAUAUCUGACGAUACAAAACAAUACAAGCAAAUCCCCAAAAAUACAAAAUAAAGGAAUUAAGAAAUAUAUAAAUAUUAGAAUGAGCAAGGUCAAUCCGGAAUAUAAAUAUAUAUGUAUAUAAUGGUUUGUAUAGACAUUAUUGGCAGUAAAUGAAUAGAACAGGUGUGUACAGCAGUAGUUAUAUAUGAUAGACCUUGACUAGAAUACAGUAUAUACAUAUGAAGUGGGUAAAACAGUAUGUAAACGGUGUUCAAUGACUAUAUACAGUACCAGUCAAAAGUUUGGACACACCUACUCAUUCCAGGGUUUUUCUUUAUUUUUACUAUUUUCUACAUUGUAGAAUAACAGUGAAGAUAUCAAAACUAUGAAAUAACACAUAUAGAGGCGUGUUGGGUCAUUGUCCUGUUGAAAAACAAAUGAUAGUCCCACUAAGCCCAAACCAGAUGUGAUGGCGUAUCGCUGCAGAAUGCUGUGGUAGCCAUGCUGGUUAAGUGUGCCUUGAAUUCUAAAUAAAUCACAGACAGUGUCACCAGCAAAGCACCCCCACACCAUAACACCACCUCCUCCAUGCUUUAGGGUGGGAACUACACAUGCGGAGAUCAUCCGUUCACCCACACCGCAUCUCACAAAGACACGGCAGUUGGAACCAAAAAUCUCCAAUUUGGAUACCAGACCAAAGGAGCAUUUUCCACCGGUCUAAUGUCCAUUGCUCGUGUUUCUUGGCCCAAGAAGGUAUCUUCUUCUUAUUGGUGUCCUUUAGUAGUGGUUUCUUUGCAGCAAUUCGACCAUGAAUGCCUGAUUCACACAGUCCCCUCUGAACAGUUGAUGUUGAGAUGUGUCUGUUACUUGAACUCUGUGAAGCAUUUAUUUGGGCUGCAAUUUCUGAGGCUAGUAACUAAUGAACUCAUCCUCUGCAGCAGAGGUAACUCUGGGUCUUCCAUUCCUGUGGCAGUCCUCAUGAGAGCCAGUUUCAUCAUAACGCUUGAUGGUUUUUGCGACUGCACUUGAAAUGUUCCAUAUUGACUGACCAUCAUGUCUUAAAGUAAUGAUGGACUGUCGUUUCUCUUUGCUUAUUUGAGCUGUUCUUGCCAUAAUAUGGACUUGGUCUUUUACCAAAUAGGGCUAUCUUCUGUAUACCCCCCCCCCUACCUUGUCACAACACAACUGAUUGGCUCAAAUGCAUUAAGAAGGAAAUAAAUUCCACAAAUUAACUUUUAAGAAGGCACACCUGUUAAUUGAAAUGCAUUCCAGGUGACUACCUCAUGAAGCUGGUUGAGAGAAUGCCAAGACUGUGGAAAGCUGUCAUCAAGGCAAAGGGUGGCUAUUUGAAGAAUCUCAAAUAUAAAAUAUAUUUUGAUUUGUUUAACACCUUUUUGGUUACUACAUGAUUCCAUAUGUGUUUUUUCAUAGUUUUGAUGUCUUCACUAUUAUUCUACAAUGUAAAAAUAAAGAAAAACCCUUGAAUGAGUAGGUGUGUCCAAACUUUUGACUGGUAGUGUACAGGGUAGAGUACCAGGUGGUAGCCGGCUAGUAACAGUGACUAAAGUUCAGGGCACUGUACUGGGCGGAAGCUGGCUAGUGGUGACUAUUUAACAGUCUGAUGGCCUGGAGAUAGAAGCUGUCUCUCAGUCCCUGCUUUGAUGCACCUGUACUGUCUCCGCCUUCCAGAUGGUAGCGGGGUGAACAGGCCGUGGUUCGGGUGGCUGAGAUCCUUGAUGAUCUUCUUGGCCUUCCUAUGACACCUUGUGCUGUAGAUGUCCUGGAGGGCAGGCAUUGUGCCCCCUGUUGAUGCGUUGGGCUGACCGGAACACCCUCUGGAGAGCCCUGCAGUUGCGGACGGUGCAGUUGCCAUACCAGGCGGUGAUACAGCCCGACAGGAUGCUCUCAAUGGUGCAUCUGUAGAAGUUUGUGAGGGUCUUAGGGCAAAGCCAUAUUUCUUCAGCCUCCUGAGGUAGAAGAAGCGCUGUUGCUGGUUGUGUGCCACGUCAUCGACUGUGCCGUGGGCUCCAGAUUGCUAUAACAUACAGUAUGAUGUGGUUAGCUGAUAUGUAAAAUACCUAUCCAGGCAUUGUAAGAUCUGGCAUGCGUCACUAACGCCUGGGCAGAAGAACCUAUGUGUGUACUACUUUCUCUGUUCCAGCAGUCACACCGGUUUCCACUAGUUACCACAGACACAAAUUCAAUAUUGGCUAUAUUGUAAACAUUUAUGAAAACAAAAAUGAGCUUUUUGGCUUUAAUUUAAGGUUAGGGUUAGACAUAAGGUUAGCAGUCUGGUUAAGGUUAUUUUUAGGUUUAAAAUCACAUUUUAAGAAGAGAAAUUGUAGAAAUAGGCGGGGGUUAUGACUUUGUGGCUGUGGUAACUAGUGAGGACCAGUCACGCCCCCACUGAUCAGGAACAGCACAGAGGGGAGUAUCCUAUGGGCAGAAUCCCAGCUCAACCAAUCAGACCUUCUUUCUGUUUGCCAUUCAACUGCAGAUGUGUGGAGCUACUGCUGUUAAGGUGGAACCAGGAGGUUACUAAUAAAAAGUCCUCAUACACUGUUGAUCUUUUUUAAUUGUUCAGUUAUUGAAACACUUUGAUAUAACUUUGAUUCUUUAUAAUAUUUGUACAUAUUUUAUUUGUGAAUGUAGUAAUAACACAUGCUAUACAUAAAAGGAUGGCAUCCACUCAGCUAGCAGAGAAGACCCAUACAGUGCCUUCAGAAAGUAUUCACACCCGUUUACUUUUUCUACAUUUUGUUGUUACAGACUGAAUUUAAAAUAGAUUACAUUUAGUUUUUUUGUCACUGGCCUACACACAACACCCAAUAAUGUCAAAGGUGAAGUAUGUUUUUCAAAUGUUUACUAAAUAAUCCAAAAUGAAAAGCUGAAAUGUCUUGAGUCAAUAAGUAUUCAACCCCUUUGUUAUGGCAAGCCUAAAGUUCAGGGGUAAAACAAUUCUUAAAAAGUCACAUAAUAAGUUGCAUGGACUCACUCUGUGCAAUAAUAGUGUUUACAUGAUUUUUGAAUGACUACCUCAUCUCUGUACCCCACACAUACAAUUAUCUAUCUGUAAGGUCCCUCAGUCGAGCAGUGAAUUUCAAACACAGAUUCAAUCACAAAGACCAUGGAGGUUUUGCAAUGCCUUGCAAAGAAGGGCACCUAUUGGUAGAUGGGUAAAAAAAUAAAACAGACAUUGAAUAUCCCUUUGAGCAUGGUGAAGUUAUUAAUUACACUUUGGGUGGUGUAUCAGUACACCCACUCACUACAGAAAUACAGGCGUCCUUCCUAACUCAGUUGCGGAGAGGAAGGAAAACCGCUCAGGGAUUUCACCAUGAGGCCAAUGGUGACUUUAAAACAGUUAAGAGUUUAAUGGCUGUGAUAUGAGAAAAGUGAGGAUGGAUCAACAACAUUGUAGUUACUCCACAAUAUUAACCUAAUUGACAGAGUGAAAAGAGAUGAAGCCUGUACAGAAUGCCAUUUGACUUGAAGAAUUUGGAAAAUAAUAAUGGGAAAUGUUGCACAAUCCAGGUGUGGAAAGCUCUUAGAGACUUACCCAGAAAGACUCACAGCUGUAAAAGCUGUCAAAGGUGCUUCUAUACAAGUAUUGACUCAGGGGUGUGAAUACUUACGUAAAUUAAAUAUUUAUCUAUUUCAUUUUCAAUACAUUUGCAAAAAUGUCUAAAAACAUGUUUUCACUUUGUCAUUAUGGGGUAUUGUGUGUAGAUGGGUGAGAAAAAAAUUAUUUCAUUGAUUUUGAAUUCAGGCUGUAACACAACAAAAUGUGGAAUAAGUCAAGGGAUAUUAAUACUUUCUGGAGGCACUGUACCUUUAACUUAAAACUUGUCUGUUGUUUCAGAUUCAGCAUGGGGUAUAGUGAUCAGACCAAACAACACUCUUUCUCUGUCUCUCCCUCUCUCUCCAGGUGGUAUUGCUGGAGGAAUAGAGAUCUGUAUUACAUUCCCUACAGAGUAUGUGAAGACUCAGCUGCAGCUGGAUGAGAAGGCCAACCCUCCCAGAUAUAAAGGCAUUGGUGGGUAUCUGUUCCAACAGUUUCUCCCAAACAGGAAAGGGAAUUAUUUGGUUUAUUUGACAUUAUUUCCUAUAUUGUUACCAGUAAUAGCUAUAACACAUUGAAACAGAGGUAGCUGUUUGCAGUAGGCCUUACAGUAGGCCUUACAUGGCAGAAUAAUGAAAAGCCUUGAGCCAGGGAUCUGUACUAAAUGGGUCUACACUAGGUCUACACUUUCCUGAGCUGUGUGUGUGUGUGUGUGUGUGUGUGUGUGUGUGUGUGCCUAGCUGUGUUAUCUGUGUGUUUAGAGUCAUGUGGACUUUGGCCUGGAGUCGCUCUGAAACAACAUGUUUGUCAGUCAGUACUGAGAGUUCAGCUCAUGCACUGUUAACUGUAGCUGCUGCAAGUUGACAUUUAUUGUCAUGAGUUUUACCCUGGAGGCAGAACUGAUCGGCUUCUGCUAGAUGGGCCAGCUUCAAAGUCAAAAUUGGCUAAAUCGUAAAAGUUAAUGGGGAAAAAAUUGCGUUUUGGUCUUAAUUUAAAGUUAGGUUAGCAGUGUGGUUAAGGUUAAGUUUAAAAUCAGAUUUUCUGACUUUGUGGCUGUGCCAGCUAGUGACUACUCUGCAGAGCUGCCUCCAGUACACGAGUCAUCCCAAUAAAUGCCAACCUGCUUCGCUGCUAGCACCAUGACUGUCACUAACACUUUCCUAUACCCAUGCAUUACUUUUUGUUAAUACUAUUGAAUGUUCCACAUGUAACGUGCACAAAACACCUCAAGCUGAGUUGAAAUAUCUGCAGUUGACUGUGUAUGUUUGUCCUUUCUCACCCUGAUUCUCUCCCUCUUCCUUUCCCUCCCUGUAGUUGACUGUGUGAAGCAGACGGUAGACGGUCAUGGGGUGAGGGGUCUGUACAGAGGGCUCAGCUCACUGCUCUAUGGCUCCAUACCCAAAGCAGCUGUCAGGUACCACCACCCCACACACUGUUUAUCUGUUUUCGGUAAAUGUUUUACAUGUCCCUGACAACUGCUCUCUCUAUCAGGUUUGGUAUGUUUGAGUUCCUCAGUAAUAAGAUGCGUGAUGAGAACGGGAAGCUGGACAGUACCCGGGGUCUUCUCUGUGGUCUGGGGGCAGGAAUGGCUGAGGCUGUGGUGGUGGUCUGCCCCAUGGAGACGGUCAAGGUAUGUGUGUCUUAAAAUGUUUUAGGAACUCUCGAACCAUUAUUUGCAUGUGUUGGUGUGCGAUGUCAAUAAAGAUCAGCAUUUAAUUUUAAUCCGUGUCGUCCUCUUGUGUCAUUUCAGGUGAAGUUCAUCCAUGACCAGUCGUCAGCCAACCCGAAGUACCGGGGAUUCUUCCAUGGAGUCAGGGAGAUCAUCAGAACAGAAGGUAAGGACAGAAGGGAGACAGACAGAAACUUUGUGUGAGUUUACUGCCACCUGAACCGCAAGAAGAAUAAAUAGUGUAGUGUACAAACUCAUAAUGUAGCUGUUGAAAGCAAUGACUGUAUAUAUGAAUGAACAAAGCCAUCGAUCACGUGACACCAUUCAUUCCUAUGUGAAGACUCAAUAGCACAUUGAAGCCAAAUGAAGUCGGUUAAGAUUGCAUCUCACGGAGACAUAACAUGCGCAGUUUGAGCUACUCCAGGGAGUGACGUUGCAGGCUAGCUCAGUGCUGCCACCUCUCAUUGAGUAACUCAAGUUGAAGGCCAACCGGGGUUCUACUGCAGGCUGACAUUAUCAAAUUAAUUAGCCUUAUAACUUUUUCUGUGUGGGAUUUUAAAAUAAUCUGUUAAAGGAAAUACAUCUGCUGUAUUAAACGCAAUUAUUGAUACCAUGAUUGUCUUCUAAACAUUUAUUUUUUUACACGAAGAUUGACCACGAAGAUUGACAUUUUUCCAUUCACCUAAUGGGGGAUCUUGUUUUCUGUUAAAAAUGCCUGCAGUACCGGCAAAGAUUUUUAUAACUAACCAGAGAUAGACCACAGCCUGUUGUUUCCAAUGGGAAUAGUGGGCAGAACAAGCAAGGAGGAGUGCAGAGCCAAGCACGAGCUAGCGAGAUCAUAUAGGCACGUUCUAGCAUGAAUUUGCAUAUUUCCAUUAGGGAACGCCUACUCUGUGAAGUGCGGGUGUGCAAUAACUAAAUUUGCCCUUGCAUUCCUUCUAAACAACAUACAUUUUUUUUAUUGGGCAAAGGGUAAAAUCUACAAAACUUAGUCCACUCUGUUCGUAACAGAUUCUGGUUUUGGGAACAGAAAACUGUAUUGAAAUCAAAUGUUUCAUUGAUGACAAAAUGUGCAUAAUGUCGGCCAAAAUCCAUCUCGCUCCAUCUUCUCCCACUGCCGGCCACUGGGCUUCCUCUCAUCACCAUAUUUGGUAGUGAGUGGAAACGCCAAGCGGAUGCUUCACACUUAUACAUCCGGUGAAAUAUCUGGCUCAUUGUUCUAUCUGUGGUACCGCGGUUGGUCUUGAACUUCCUUGGCUUCAAUGAGAGGGGAUAGUCGUUCUCCCCUGGUUGAAAGAGACUAGGGAAGGGAAGAUGGAGUAGUUACUGCCAUCUGCUGGACAGUUAUUUGUUCUGGUCUCACCAUAACUGAAAUGGCUGUUGGAUGGUUAUUUUAUGGUUAUUGGACGGAAGGUUGUGGGACAGUUGUUAGCUGGUUAUUGGCUGUGUGUUGAUGUGUUAUGGUGUUGUGCUGUCUAUGUCUCUUCCAGGCCUGAGGGGAACGUACCAGGGUCUGACAGCCACGGUACUGAAACAGGGAUCCAACCAGGCCAUCCGCUUCUACGUCAUGACCUCUCUAAGGAACUGGUACAAAGGUGUGUGUGUGUGUGACCGACUGAGUUUGAAUCCUUGUCUCCUGUGUGUAUGUGUGUGUUGUUUACCUGUGUGUGUAUCCAGAGAGUCUCACUGCUCUGUCUCUCCCUGUCUGUUUCCUAGGUGAUGAUGCUAACAAGGCCAUUAACCCUUUGGUCACGGGAGCAUUCGGAGCCUUCGCUGGAGCUGUCAGUGUGUUUGGAAACACUCCUCUUGAUGUCAUCAAAACCAGGCUGCAGGUAGACACCACCAUGAUUAAUGACCUGGUCACAUGCAGUGAAUUAUACCUCUUUCUCUAUACAUGUAUUGUAUCAUAUUGUUAGGUGAACCCCGUCUGUCUCUCCUCUAACAGGGUCUGGAGGCUCACAAGUACAAAAGCACCCUGGACUGUGCCGUCAAGAUCAUGAAGCAUGAGGGACCUAAAGCGUAAGUAUCUCUGUACACACUAACUUUGUGACCUCCUGUCUCAUUUUCAUCUAUUGUUAUCAGACAGAUAAUGGUAUUGACCCUGUGUCUGCCCUUCGCCUCCUUCCUUCCUUCCUUCCUUAUUUCCUCCCUCUCUCCCCAGGUUCUAUAAGGGUACAGUCCCCAGGCUGGGCAGGGUGUGUAUGGACGUAGCUAUCGUCUUCAUCAUCUACGAGGAGGUGGUGAAGGUCCUCAACAAAGUCUGGAAGACGGACUAA